AAGUUGGGCGAAUGGGCGUUCACUAGCCGUCCAUAUGACAUCAUCUCAAAAGGGAAUUCUCGGUCAGUCCCCUAUAAAACCGGCUGUUCUCUCCAAUGCUGGAGUCACUGAGAGCACAGCCGCUGCUAUCAAACACAGGACGUCUCGAAAACGGUCUAUUUCUACCGCCAUGUCUUCAUACGCGUCUUCAGACUCUCGUCGCGUCAGUGCCGCCGUGAGCGGCGUCAAAUUCGGCACGGCGCACCGCAAGAAAGCCUCGCCGAACAUCUUCGAGAACGUCAACCAGGACGCCCUGGUGAAACUCUUCGAGAAAGCCGGAGACCUGAAGGCGGCGGAGAGAGCCAGGAGCAUCCUCUCGCUGCACCAGGAUCCUGAGGGCAUUUCCAGAGCGCUCAUGGCUCUUCAGCAGGACAAGAAGGACACAUUUAUGCUCAUUACCGGACUGACGCGCCAGUCGCUGAAGUUUCGUUGAGGGAAGUUUUCGUUGGGACGCUGUGCAGAGGUGUGCACAGAGAA